AUGAACAUUUCCACAGGCACGAGUCUUUCGUACAACGAUACGGACAUCAUCAAGGCAGAGCUCUUCAACUUCUUUGUUCUCUACGGUCCUGCCCCCACACAACUUCGAGCGUAUGAGAUCAUGAUGCACUGGUGUGUCAAUACGUACAACGUAACAGUCCAGAACAAUGUGCCUAUAACUCAGCAAGUGGCCUCGUACACGAAGCCUAACCUCGGAGAGGUCUUCGUACAGAACUACAACAUGACAAUCAACGGCACCUAUCUGACGUCGCCGGACAGUCCCGGGAAGCAGUACGUUGCUAGUGGUAUGGGCCCAGACAACAUAGCGGGGGCUCUAUCAAACACAUUGGUCGGGUAUUACAUCGAUCUGGGGGCUUACACCUUUAACAACGGCUCGGAGAUAUACGGAACAGCUCUCUCAAGAGCAGCUAUCGGCAUCAACCCGUUGAACGAAUCGCAGAAGUUGGACGAUGCAUAUUUCAUAACACUGAUGAAUCUGACUCAAAACAUCGCAAGCGGACUUACAAACGCGUUGCUUACUACGAAUGAGAGCGGGAGUGCUUGGCAAGACGAAGUCUUCGUCUCCAUCCGAUGGCCGUGGUUGACACUGCUGGCGGCUCAGGUUGGACUUUCAAUCAUUACGCUUCUGAUCAUCAUCAUUCAGACUGCUGGAUUGGACAUUGAGAUUGUCAAAGGGUCUCCACUCCCAGCAUUCCUUGCUAUGAACCCCGACGAGAAGACCGCACUCAUGAGGGAACAACAGGAGAUGGAUAUGCGCAACAGGGACAGUGAGCUUCAGAUACCUCACCUCAGAGCUCACGGUAUUGUGGGAGGUCUCGAGAGACGGGGCGAAGAGUGGGUCCUUCGAAGUUCGGACAGAUGA